UCGCUGCCGGGGGCCGCGCGCGGUCCCCGGGGUGCCUCCCCGGCACCGUCUCCCGACCUCUCCCCCACCUCUCCCGACCUGGCGCUCGCCGGCCUGGGCGCAGGUGCUUAGCUGCCCGUUCACUCGGCCCUCGGCCCUGCCCAGGCGAGGCGAGGACCAGGCCCAGCGCCCCGCCGCGCGGCCUUGCCCAGGUUGUUGAGGCCUGAGGAGAGCGACCACAUCUGAAGGCCUGGGACUCGCCACGCGGAAUCCUGUGCCCAGGAUUUAAGCAAACCUUCCCUGUUGUCGUCAGAGAAAAGCCAUCUUCCUAGAACAUGGCAGGUAAGAAGGUGCUCAUUGUCUACGCACACCAGGAACCCAGGUCUUUCAAUGGCUCCCUGAAGAAGGUGGCUGUGGAGGAACUGAGCCAGCAGGGCUGCACCGUCACUGUCUCUGACCUCUACGCCAUGAACUUCGAGCCGAGGGCCACGAGGAAUGAUAUCGCUGGUGCUCUCUCUAAUCCUGACUUCUUCAGUUACGGGGUGGAAGUAUAUGAAGCCUGCAAGAAGCAGUUGCUCACCAGUGACAUAGUCGAGGAGCAGAAAAAGGUUCAGGAUGCUGAUCUAGUGAUAUUUCAGUUCCCGCUGUUCUGGUUCAGCGUGCCAGCCAUCCUGAAGGGCUGGAUGGACAGGGUGCUCUGCCAGGGGUUUGCCUUCGACCUCCCGGGAUUCUAUGACUCCGGAUUUCUCAAGGGAAAGCGGGCCCUGCUGUCCAUAACCACGGGGGGCGAGGCCCAGAAGUACACGGCGGCCGGCGGCAGCGGGGACUUCAGAUACUUGCUGUGGCCGCUCCAGCACGGCACCUUGCACUUCUGCGGAUUUGAGGUGCUUGCCCCUCAGAUCAGCUUUGCUCCUGAGACUGCAUCAGAAGAAGAAAGAAAGGGGAUGGUGGCAUCUUGGGCCCAGAGGCUGAAAACCAUCUGGAAGGAAGAGCCCAUCCCCUGCACGUCCCCGUGGUACUUUGAGUAGUAACACUUUGUGUCAUGAUGUGCUAGGAGGUGCUGCUGUAAUAAAACUAAAUGACAACAGAGCUAACGGUCUAUUUAAUGAAGUGCCUGAAGGGCUGCUAUACAGCCAGGUCCAAAAUGUCUCAUAAGCCGGUCGUAUUGAAUCUGUUUUAAUACCACUAUUCACUAGCUUUCUUUUCUUUCCUAAUAUCUUUCUAUCCCCUAUAUUCAGUCUUCAUCAGUAAUGUUGUUUUCAGAUACUUCUCUUCACAUUAAGCUGCAUUUGUUAGUUUUAUGUUUUGUUUUAUUUCAUAACUUGUGAGUUUCUAUUUUUUCAUAGGAAAGUUUAACUGUUUCAUAGCUAGUGUUUUAAUGCUGUGUUUGGAAUUAUUUUUCCCAUCUUUUUUUUUUUAACUUGCAUUAUGACUAUAAAGCUUUAAUUGAACAGCCAUUUUAAAUAUAUUUAAAAUUAUUGAGUGCUAAUUACAAUGAAAAUUUCCAAACAA